ACGUGACUCUUGGUGCACAUGUGUAUGUACAUGUAUGUAUACUUAUCUCCCGCUUAAUAUAAUUUAGGUUAAGUUACGAUCGGUGUUAAAUUAUUGUCGCAUUUGUAAUCACAUUGCGGCAUUAUUGUUAGAAUAAUUUUCUUCCACUUUUGAUCUGUGUGAUGCAUGAUCCCACGGAUGAGGCGAUAAGGAAAGCACGCCGGUUGAGAAACACACCGCUGCAAAAAUAUGUUCGACUCACGUCGCUCGUUUUAACACUCAUGUAUGCAGGAGCAAUGUACAUUUCCUAUAGGAGAAAUAUCCUUCCACACUUAGAUGAUCCACAAUAUCAAAUUUCCGAAGAUGAGUUUCAUAUGAACUAUGAUUAUAUUACAAAUCCAUUUUUGAGAAAUAUUAUUAAUCAAGUAUUUACAAGACGAGAAGCCAGAUUGAAAGCAGAACAUAUUGAGUUCAUGAAUAAAGUAAACGAUAUUGAGGCAAAUAAGGAUUAAAUAACAUUACAUCCAAAGUUUAUGUGGGAAUAAUGGAUAUUGAUAAGAAUAAACCUAGUAGUCCAAACAGAAGAUUAAGAUUAAGAAAAAAUUAUAAAGAAAGUAUAGAUGCUAAGACUUGUAAUAAUUCCAAUAUUGAAAAUAAAAAAAAUGAUACUGCAUCCACAUCCCAGCCUUCAUGCAAUGAUGAUAGUAUUUGCGAUUUCAAAUCACCAAAAAGAAAAAAUAUGGUGCAAACAAAAAUUAUUACCAAUAGUAGACAGGUAAAUAAAUCAAAAAGAAAGUGCUUGAAACUAAAUAGUGUAAUUAACAAUAAGAGAAAAGCUGAAGAGAGAGGCAAUAAAUCACAAAACAAAAAGAUUCAACAUGAUGUACAACAACUGUCAAUUGAGUCAUCCUUUUUUAAAUCUGAAAAAAAAGAGAUGGAUUCACCGCAGACUUCAACUAAUGUAAAAACAGCUUAUGUGUGUCCAUUAUGCUUUAAAAACUUGAAAGAUGAAAGCUUACAGACUAUACAUAUGAAAAGUUGUGCAGUAAAAAAUAAUGUGUCGACAAAAACAUUGAUGGAUGCUAUGGAAUUGCAAGAACGGCAAGCUGCAGAAAGAAAAUCAUUAGGCUUACUCUCUGCUCCCAUAUUACAAGAUAAGAAGAAACCUGUCUCACGUAAAAUGGCAUCGCAUGAUGAUCCCGAUUUUCAGCUUGCUUUAGCGCUUUCCAAAUCUCUAUACGAAAAAGAAGAAAUAGAAGAGUGGGAUGAGGCUCAAAUCGUGGCUAUAUCAUCUAAUUCGUUGUUGCCAGAUAGUAAUACAGAAUAUUCUCAGAAAGCGACAUUACAAAGCUUUGGUUUUACUAACAGUAGAAAUAUAUCUCCAACAAAAAGUGGGCCUAUAAAUAAGAUUAGAAAAAAAGGAAAACCUCUCGCACCGACUAUUCUACAAAGACGUACAGCUGCUGAAAAAGAACGUAUUUUAGCAGAGAGAAUAGCCGAAAUACUUAUGGAAUAUACAGAUUUUACUCAAAGAUCACAAGAAGAGCCAAUUAAUAACAUCAAAGAGAAAAUUGUUUUAAAAAAUCAAUUACUUAAGCAAUUGCAUCAAACUGAAAACACAUUGUGGGACAGGACAAGAUUAACUUCAACUCAGAAAUUAUUUUAUGUAAAACAACUAUCAUCUCACAUAACACCAUUAGAAAAGAAAGAGCAGAAAUUAAAUGAAGAGCAGAAUGUUGAAAAGCUUAUGGGACAAAAUAUAGAUAACAAUACUUUGGACAAUGAACAAAUAGUGGAAAUGAAAGAAAUAAAGGAUGAAAAAAAGGAUAAUAAUGAAGAAUUAAUCUCUUCAAAUAUAGCUAAGACAUGUUGUAAAGAAAAGACAUUUCUUGACAUUCUUGCGACAAGCUGGAGAAAUAUGUUAAAUGACAGUUCUGCAAGUGACGUUAUCAUAUUCGUAAAAAAUGCCAGACAUAUUUGGGUACACAAAUUAGUUUUCUAUGCACGUUGCACAAGUAUUUUGCUUGAUAUAACUUCCAACGAUACAGAGUUCUUUACUGCAAAAGAAAAAAUUUGUUGGAUUGAUAUAGACUAUGAUGUUGCCUUAGCCUUUCUAGAAUUUGUUUAUUGUGGGAUAAUCAAUGAACAUUCAAAAAUAUUUACUUCUGACACAUCGUUAUCUGAUAUUAGAUUUUUAGCAAGAAAAUAUAAAAUAAAUGAUUUAUUUGUUUAUUUACGUCAAAAAGAAUUUAAAUCUAACAUAGCAGAAAUCAAACAUGAGACUUGCGAAAAAAGUAUAAAUAAUUUACAUGCAGAUAUGGAAAAGGAUUUAAAUGUUUCAAAAUCUUCUUUUAAUGCAUCUCCAAAUCAUACUUGUAAUGAUGCAAAAAACAUUCAGUGUUCUCAAAGAAUAUCGUUGCAAAAUAAUUUUAACGAUAAUCUACACUCUUUUGAAAAUAAUUGCAUAUCUCCAAAGAACUCCUGUGUACUAGAAGAUGAAAAAUCUGCUCCAAUAAGAAUAUUAGACGAAAUAAAUUCCAGAAGUAACACACCCAAUUGGGAAAUCUCUAGUGCAUCGCCUGAUUUGUUUGAUGAUACAUCUGAUAUAAUGAAAUGUAAAGAACACUCUAACAAUCAUGAAGAUUCUGAUAUUCAUAUAUUAUUAGAUUUAAUUAAACAAGAUAAGGAUGCUGAUAUUUGUAGUCAAACAUUAGCUGAAAAGAGACAGAGCACAGAAUAUUCGGAAUCAGGUAAAGAUAUAGCCAUCAAUUCGGAAAAAAAUGCGAAACAAAAUGUAAUGGUGAUCGAUUCAGAUUCCGAAUCGGAUUCUCGAAAGUCAUUUAGUGACAAUAUACAUAAAAAUUCUUUAAUCGAUACUCCUCAAAGUAGCAAGACGAAAUCUAUCCAGGAUUCUUCUUUGAAAUUAACAAAACAGAAAAGUAAUCUUACGCUAUUCAUCGAAGAAAUGCAAAAACACAAUUCGACAUUGGAUUUGGAUUUAGAUUCUGAUAUAGAAUAUCAUGCAGAAACAUCUAUAAAAUACAAGAAUCCAUUUCAUAUAAAUAAACACGAUAAUUCCGAAGACUUUCAAUUUUACAAUGAUAAUGUUGAACAGUCAGUUGAGGCAGAAAAAAACCCUAGUCGAUUAAGCAUAAUAGAACAGUGUAUGCGAUCGUUUGCUGAUAAGAAUCCGGAAUUUUAUUCUCAUCUUUCUAAUAAAGAUGUAGACAUUAAACAAACUAGUACUUUGCACAUCCAAGACGACAAUGUUUCUAUAUCCAAGAUGACAAUGGACUCUUCUUGUAACAAUAUACAAAGCUUUACUUUGGCUGAAAAGGACAUUAACAUUCCGAAACAAAUCGCAGUCACUAUGCCAUCAUCAGCAACAUAUUCACCACACAUUAAAACUGCGAAUCAAUCUCUUAACGAUACCAUCCUUGAUGUAGAAACGGACGAGGAAGAAAUUUCUAUGUAUUCUAAAUACAUGAAGGAUAACAAAGAAAACAGUAUAGCAAACUAUCGCGCAGCAGUCAAGGAAACUGGAUUGAAUGAUAGUUUAUCUAACAAAAAUACGUCAUUUGAUUCAAUCAGUAAAAGCGACAUCAAUGCUACUAAAAAUGAUGUUUUGGAUGAAUCUGUUUUAACACAGAAAGAAGCGGAUAUAAUUGUUUCAUCGGAUACAGAGAUUGAAAGCAUAUCUUCUAGUGCUAGCCAUCCUGUCAUCUCAAAAAAAGAUGAUUCUGAUCAUGAAGAUAUACUGCCUCAUUCUACUCAACAAUCUAAGAGGAUAACAGAAUAUAACAAACAAGAUGUAGAAAAUCAAAAAAGCAGUCAAUUCAUUCGAGUUGAAGAUACUUCAAAAGUCGUAAUCACAGACUUGGAGGAGGAAAAAGAUUUUAAUAGUUCAACUAAAUCAAAUCAAGAGGAAUUCGAUGCUAGCAUUACUGAGAUAGCAUCUGAUGAUAUAGACUGUAAUAUGAUUUUCACGCGAAAAAAGUCCGGAUUUAAUGAAUCAGAAUUUGUAGAUACAGAAAACUUAUUUUUAAAUGUAAAUGAUUGCAGUGAAUCUAUAUCAGAAACAAAUAUUCAUAAAUCAAGAAAAUCAAGAUUUUCUCUUAAUUUUGAAGAUGAAAUCUAUCUUGCAAACGUUAACAUUGAUAUGUACGGAAAGAACAUUUUAGAAAAAAGUCACUCAACUAGCAUAUUAAGUAUGACAGACUUUAAAAAAGAUAGUGUACACAGAAGCAAUCAAAAUAAUGAUGAAAGUAUCAAAAUUAAUAAAGCAACAAUGAAUAAUGAUGUAAUACCUGUCUGUGAAAACUUAGAUAAAAAUGCCAUGUCCUUGACACAAAAUUUUACAAGUGUUAGAAAAUUUCAAAGAAAAUCCUUAUCUGAGGGACAAAUUAACUUGAAUAGGGUACAGAAUCAAGAAACAUCUAUACAUGCAUCUGUACAAUUUAAAUGUAAUUACAGCAGGAACAUUGGCAAUAUAAAAACUACGCUUAAAAUUGUUGAAAAAGAUGUUACACCUCCUCCUGAUUAUGAUGGCAUGAAAACUCCUGAAUUAAACAAGGAAAUGAAGAAAUACGGAUUAAAGGCCCAAAAACGUAGCAGGGCUGUGAAAUUGUUAACACACAUUUAUAACGAAUUACAUCCUUUAGUGCCUACAGCUGAAAUAACAUCAGUGCAAGAAGUCGCUGAAAUUUCAAGCGAUGAAGAGAGUCCACCGCCGAAGAAACGAAAUGUGGAUAAAAAUAAUUUGGAAAAAUUGAGUAACACAGAAGACAGUGAUGAUAAAUUAUGUUGUUCUCAAAAUAGCGAUAGUGAUGUAAGUGAUUCUGGAAAAGAUCCAAUUGGCAAAGAAAUGGAACUUUCCGAAACUGAAUCAUUACCAGAAAAUUCAUCCAACAUCACAGAAGCCUUUACAGAACUGCUUGCUAUUGAUAAAGAUUUGCAUAAUAAAAUAUUGCAAUAUGAACCUGUAAAUAUUAAAGAACUGCAUCAUACAUUGCGGGCUAAUGGAUUUAAAUGCAAGCUUUCUAAUCUCAUGGAUUUGUUGGAUGAGCAGGUUUGCAUUUAUACAUCGGAAAAAAAUGGUAAUGAUGAGGCAGGAGAUGGUUCGGAAAAAAACCCUUUUAAAACUAUCCUAAGAGCAAUGUGUCAUGCUGGUAAGGAACCCUUUCCAGUCAUCUACAGGGAUUCUCGUGAAGAUGGCAAAAAGUAUGAACCAGCAUCCAAAACUCAGUUAAAGAAGAUACAAAAGAUUUGGGUUAGAGAACAGCACAAGAAUGAAGAGAAGGAUAAGAAGUUACAGGAGGAUGAGGAAAAAAGAUCGAAAAAUCUUGAAGAAGCUAAAACAAUUGUUAUAGAAGAGGACAAAUCUCUGCCAGAAGCAAAACAAAUUAAAAUAUAUGAAGCUCUGAAUUAUAGAGAUCAAAGAAUCAAGCUAUUUGGAUGGGUGCAUAGACUAAGAAGACAAGGCAAAGCUCUCAUGUUCAUCACACUGCGAGAUGGAACAGGCUUUCUACAAUGUGUAUUGAUGGAUAAGCUUUGUCAAACAUAUUAUGCUCUGACCCUUGCCACGGAAGCCUCUGUUCAACUGUUUGGAACUUUAAAAGUUGUCCCUGAAGGGAAGAAUGCACCUGGCGGACAUGAAUUGCUUGUUGAUUAUUGGAAACUUAUUGGGCCAUCGCCUCCUGGUGGGGCCGACUCAAUUUUGAAUGAAGAAGCUCUGCCUGAUGUACAAUUGGACAAUAGACAUAUAAUGAUUCGAGGCGAAAAUACAUCAAGAAUUUUAAUUAUGAGAUCUAUAUUAACUCAAGCAUUUAGAGAUCAUUACAAAGAUCGCCAUUAUAAUGAGGUAACUCCGCCAACUUUAGUACAAACUCAAGUGGAAGGUGGUGCAACUCUCUUCAAAUUAAAUUAUUUCGGAGAAGAAGCUUUUCUUACUCAGAGUUCUCAACUAUAUCUUGAAACCUGUCUUCCAGCAAUGGGAGAUGUAUAUUGCAUUGCGCAAUCUUAUCGAGCAGAGCAAUCGAGAACACGUCGCCACCUUGCCGAAUUCACGCACAUUGAGGCAGAAUGCGGAUUUAUUACGUUUGAUGAUCUGCUUGAUCGAUUAGAAGACUUAAUUUGCGAUGUAGUCGAACGAGUUCUAAAGUCACCGCUCGCUCAUCUUAUCCAGGAAUUAAAUCCCGGCUUCCAAGUGCCUAAGAGGCCUUUCAAACGAAUGAACUACAGCGACGCGAUCGAAUAUCUGAGAAAAAAUAAUAUCACGAAAGAGGACGGCAGCUUUUAUGAGUUUGGUGAAGACAUUCCAGAGAUGCCGGAGAGGAAAAUGACUGACGCUAUCAAUGAGCCGAUAUUGCUUUGCCGUUUCCCCGCUGAAAUUAAAUCGUUUUACAUGCAACGUUGUGCGGAAGAUAGACGCUUAACCGAAUCCGUCGAUGUACUUUUGCCGAACGUGGGCGAAAUCGUCGGCGGUUCGAUGCGUACCUGGAACUAUGAAGAGAUGUUAGAGGGCUAUGAGCGUGAAAAGAUUGAUCCGACUCCGUACUACUGGUACACAGACCAGCGAAAGUACGGAUCUACUCCCCAUGGUGGUUACGGACUGGGAUUAGAACGGUUUUUGUGCUGGUUGUUGAACAGAUAUCACAUACGUGAAGUAUGUUUGUAUCCGCGUUUCCUGGAACGUUGUCGUCCAUAAAAACAGUACGUCAAUGACACAUUUAAAGAGCGAUGUAUUUCACUCUUUAUAUCGUUACAAUAAAAUGUAAUACUGCAUUAUAUUAAAAAGUCAUUACAAUAAUUAAAUUUAGAAAAAGCACACCGUAAACCAUUUAAAGGGAUUAGAUAGUCUCCGAAAUAUUAUCAAUUAUUCUUUAUCUUCUCCGUUUUACAAAAUAUAAUAACAUAUAUUAUUGCAUAACACUUGAAUUUAAUAGUAAUACAACGUUUGUGUAUAAUAAAUAGUGUAUGUGUAUAUAUGUAUACAUAUCUCAAAAGCUGGAUAGAUCUUUGAUACUUAUAAUUUGCAUAUAUUUAUUAUAUAAUCCAGUAUACAAUGUCAUCGAUUUUGCUUACACAAUGGUUCAAAUAAAGGCUCACAAAAAUGUUCAUAAUCAUACUUAUAUAUAGGCAAUAUAUAAAUACUGAUUUAUGUAUUUAUAGAAAAUUGUUCUUUUUCUGUAAUGUUCCAUAUAUAACAAAAAAUGUAUGUGUGCUUAAAAUUA